AUGAAUGGUCGAGUAGUUAAAGCUUUAAAUCUGAGCUUUCUGAUUCUGGGCGUCGUAGCUCUCGUCUACGGCAGACCCAAGGAUUCCGACGAAGGACACGAUGUCGACGCUUAUAAUUUAGUAAUUGACGGUAGAUGUCCCCCAAGUCAAAUACAUCAUUUGCUACCCCACGAAUACGAUUGCACCAAGUUUUACUACUGUGAAUAUGGACUUAGAUACGAAAGCCCUAGAGACUGUGCUCCUGGAACGGAAUUCUCGUACGAGAAACAGGUUUGCGUUCAUCCCCUACAAGCAAACUGUAACCUACCAGGACGUCCGACAUCAACAACUGUAUUAACGAGUACCACAACUACUGCAGCACCAACUACAACAACAACAACUGCAGCACCAACUACAACAACAACAACUGCAGCACCAACUACAACAACAACAACUGCAGCACCAACUACAACAACAACAACUGCAGCACCAACUACAACAACAACAACUGCUGCACCAACUACAACAACAACAACUGCAGCACCAACUACCACAACAACUACUGCAGCACCAACUACAACAACAACAACUGCAGCACCAACUACAACAACAACAACUGCUGCACCAACUACAACAACAACAACUGCAGCACCAACUACUACAACAACUACUGCAGCACCAACUACAACUACCAGAGCACCAACUACAACUACUAGAGCACCAACUACGACAACAUCGACAACUUCAAGCCCCGGCAUUACUUUACCCAAUGGUUGUCCCGCUGAGUUCGAUGUUCACAAGCUAUUACCCCAUGAGACGGACUGCGAUAAGUUUUACUACUGCGUCUUCGGCGAAAAAGUUCAAAGACAAUGCGCACCAGGCACAUACUUCAAUUAUAAGAUUCAAGUAUGCGAUUGGCCCCAUAACGUAGAUUGCGCAGGAGGAGGCGGUGGCGGCGGUGGAGGUGGUGGAGGCGGAGGCGGUGGAGGAGGUGGUGGAGGUGGAGGCGGUGGAGGUGGAGGCGGUGGAGGAGGUGAUGGAGGUGGAGGCGGUGGAGGAGUCACACUACCAAAUGGCUGUCCCGCCGACUUUGAUAUCCAUAAACUAUUGCCACAUGAAAGCGACUGCGCCAAGUUCUACCAAUGUGUUCAUGGAAAUAAAGUAGAGAGAAACUGUGCACCAGGAACGCAUUUCAAUCCAGCUCUCCAGGUAUGCGAUUGGCCAGCAAAUGUUGGUUGUGAAGGAAGUGGUGGAGGCGGAGGCGGUGGAGGCGGCGGCGGCGGUGGAGGUGGAGGAGGCGGCGGUGGUGGAGGCGGCGGCGGAGGUGAUGGAGGUGAUGGAGGCGAUGGUGGAGAUGGAGGAAGUGGAGGCGGUGGAGGCGAAGGCGGCGGCGGAGAUGGUGGAGGUGAUGGAGGCGAUGGUGGAGAUGGAGGAAGUGGAGGUGGUGGAGGCGGAGGCGGAGGUGGUGGAGGUGGAGGUGGAGGCGGCGGAGGUGGCGGUGGAGGCGGCGGCGGUGGAGGCGGAGACGGAGGUGAUGGAGGCGCUGGAGGCGAUGGUGGAGACGGAGAUGAUGGAAGCGAUGGUGGAGAUGGUGGUGGUGGCGGCGGAGGUGGAGGCGGAGGCGGUGGUGGAGGCGGAGGCGGUGGAGGUGGAGGCGGUGGAGGUGGAGGCGGAGGCGGUGGAGGCGGUACUCUACCCAAUGGUUGUCCCGCCGACUUCAGUAUUGAUUUACUAUUGCCACAUGAAACGGAUUGCUCGAAGUUCUACUAUUGUGUACAUGGGAAUAAAGUAGAGACACGUUGUGCCCUGGGAACGCAUUUCAGCCCUACUCUUCAGGCUUGCACAUGGCCGGAAGAGGCUGGAUGUGAAGCUGGCAGUGGCGGUGGAGGCGGAGGUGGAGGCGGAGGCGGAGGCGGAGGCGGAGGUGGAGGCGGAGGCGGUGGCGGAGGCGGAGGCGGUGGAGGUGGUGGUGAUGGUGGAGAUGGAGGCGAUGGUGGAGAUGGUGGAGCCGGCGGUGGUGGAGGUGGAGGAGGUGGAGGCGGCGGCGGUGGAGGUGGAGGAGAUGGUGGAGAUGGAGGCGACGGUGGAGAUGGAGGAAGUGGAGGUGGUGGAGGUGGCGGCGGAGGCGGUGGAGGCGGAGGUGAUGGAGGUGAUGGAGGCGAUGGUGGAGAUGGAGGAAGCGGAGGCGGUGGAGGCGAAGGCGGCGGCGGAGAUAGUGGAGGUGAUGGAGUCGAUGGUGGAGAUGGAGGAAGUGGAGGCGGUGGAGGCGGAGGCGGAGGUGGUGGAGGCGGUGGUGGAGGCGGCGGAGGCGGCGGUGGAGGCGGCGGUGGAGACGGAGGCAGUGGAGGUGGAGGUGGAGACGGUGGUGAUGGAGGCGCUGGAGGCGAUGGUGGAGAUGGAGAUGAUGGAAGCGAUGGUGGAGAUGGUGGUGGUGGCGGCGGAGGUGGAGGCGGAGGCGGUGGUGGAGGCGGAGGCGGUGGAGGUGGAGGCGGUGGAGGUGGAGGCGGAGGCGGUGGAGGCGGUACUCUACCCAAUGGUUGUCCCGCCGACUUCAGUAUUGAUUUACUAUUGCCACAUGAAACGGAUUGCUCGAAGUUCUACUAUUGUGUACAUGGGAAUAAAGUAGAGACACGUUGUGCCCUGGGAACGCAUUUCAGCCCUACUCUUCAGGCUUGCACAUGGCCGGAAGAGGCUGGAUGUGAAGCUGGCAGUGGCGGUGGAGGCGGAGGUGGAGGCGGAGAUGGAGGCGAUGGAGGCGAUGGUGGAGCCGGCGGUGGUGGAGGUGGAGGAGGUGGAGGCGGUGGCGGUGGAGGUGGAGGCGAUGGUGGAGAUGGAGGCGAUGGAGGCGAUGGUGGAGAUGGUGGAGCCGGCGGUGGUGGAGGUGGAGGAGAUGGAGGCGGCGGCGGUGGAGGUGGAGGUGGAGGUACCCAACCUGAAUCAGAAAAAUGCAAAGAUGAAUGUCACGUACCACAGUGGGCACAUGAAACGGAUUGUGACAAAUUCUGGCGUUGUGAAGGCAAUCAACAAGUCUUAGGCAUAUGUUCUGAAGGCUUACACUUUAACCCACACACUCAAACUUGUGACUUCAUGUGUAACGUUAACUGUGUGAGAGAUACAGUCCAAACUACAGCUCUACGGGACGGACUCAAAGUAUUCCUGCCCUGGGAUAAAGUAGAUCGGCUUAUCAAUCUGAGUAAACGAAACGAAAUCGCAGAAAUUACUUUUGAUUUGAUUUGAAGAUGUGAUAGAUUUAAUUAGCGACGAAAUCUUUGUAUAUCGGGUGAUUUCAAUUGUAUCGAUCAUUUAUUUAUAAUCAAACAUUACGUGGUUUAUAUAAAAAAAAAAAAAAA